UAGCCGGGCAACUCCCCUUCCGCUUUCCAGGUUCCGUUGCUGCUUAGAUCCCCAUAUCAACACUGUUGCUUCGACAGUAGAGAGUUACUCCUGUCAACACUAACAUAAUGGCUGCUCCCGAAGUUCAUCAUCUUUUCCAUAAUCCAAUUGCCGACCAUUCUUUCUCACCCGACAAAUCCACCCUUGCAGUUGCGCGAGACAACAGUGUGGAGCUCUAUGAGAAAUCAGGCAGCAAGUUCUCACUUAGCGAUGAGCUCAAGGGCCAUGAAAAGACGGUAACCGGCGUGGACAUUGCUCCUAGCAGUGGUCGUAUCGUUACUUGCUCACAGGAUCGGAACGCAUACGUUUGGGAGCGCACUUCAUCGGGCUGGAAGCCCACUCUCGUACUACUACGCAUCAAUAGAGCAGCAACAUUCGUCAGGUGGUCGCCGUCCGAGCAGAAGUUCGCUGUUGGUUCAGGUGCCCGUGUAAUUGCGGUAUGCUAUUUCGAGGAGGAGAACGACUGGUGGAUUUCAAAGCAUCUGAAGAAACCCAUUCGGAGUACUAUCACAGCUCUCGCAUGGCAUCCCAACUCGGUGCUUUUGGCCGCAGGCUCUACAGAUUCUCAUGCGAGAGUCCUCUCCAGCUUUAUAAAAGGAGUUGACACACGCCCCGAGCCAAGCGCUUGGGGGGAACGUCUGCCUUUUAAUACCAUCUGCGGCGAGUAUCUCAAUGAUUCCGCUGGCUGGAUUCAUGGAGUUUCAUUUUCCCCAAGCGGAAAUGCCCUUGCCUUCACUGGCCAUGAUAGCAGUAUCACUGUCGUCUAUCCAAGUGCCCCAGAACAGCCCCCUCGAGCGAUGCUGAACGUGACUACUCGUCUACUUCCCUUCAAUAGCCUUGUCUGGAAUGGAGAAAAUGAAAUUAUCGCUGCCGGACAUGACUGUGAACCCUAUCGGCUUCGCGGUGAUGAGAGUGGAUGGCAGCUUGCAGGGACAAUCGAAAACAAAUCAGGGCAUGGUGCCGACACUGCGCGGGAAGAAUCGGCUCUACACAUGUUCCGUCAGAUGGACCUCAAGGGGCAGACUCAGGCUGAUAUUCAACUCAAGUCAACCCACCAGAAUACUAUUAGCACUGUGAGGCCGUAUGAGGAGACAGAUGGUGUUUUGCGCAAGUUCAGUACGAGUGGUGUUGAUGGCCGUGUGGUUAUCUGGACAGUCUAGACAGUCCUGUCUGGCGAACGUGUCUAGGAAUGGCUAUUGAAGGAGCUGGUGUCAUGGCUUGUUAUUUCGAUGCUUUGCCGUUCAAAGCUAUUUCCUGUAUUGUUUAGCACAGGUGGCGGUUACUAUAGCUGCUGUCCGGUACAUAGUUGGACUAAGUCAAUAGAGGUUGUGUGUAUGGCGUGACUGAAGGCGCGG